CUUCCCUCCCUCUGCCCUCCACUAGCUUGUGUUUCUACUGCCGGCAGAGGCAGCCCUCCAGACUUCCACUCUACGGUGUGUGUAGUGUGUCUGUGUGUGGUGUAUGUGUGUGUGUGUGUGGAUAGGGGUUAAGCCAUCAUACACCUGUUUGGACCCAAAGCUCACCCACUUGAGGCUGGCCUUAAAGAGGCCCCACCACAGGAGUCUGUUCUGGAGCCCUCGGUCCCUCGCAGAGUGGUGCAACUGCUCGAGAAGAAGAAGGAAGAAAGAACGAAUUCAACAGUGUGCCUGCGGACACUUCCUCCUUUUUGUUUUUGUUAUUACUUCCUCUGUACAGCGGGUUCCCUCUGCGGCCGUCGGCCCGUACUACCCAACAAGUGUUCUCCGGCCCGCCCGUAGGCGCUGCCGUCAUGGGACCCAGCGAGGGUCCGCGGGCCCCCCGGGGCCGGGCCUGCGCCGGGGCGUGGAGGGCCGCCGUGGUGCUGCUGCUGCUGGGGUCGGCCGCGGCCCAGACCCCCGCCCCCAGCGCCCCCUGUGGGAACGGGACGGCCCCCCCGACCUUAAGGCAGCCUGGGUACCGGGACAGCGCGGGGGCGGACCCCGGAGCCGGCUUCAUGGCCCCCCUGGUGCAGUCCUUCCUGGACACGGUCCAGCCCUCGCCCUUCCCCAGGGAUUUGAUUCUGUCGUUGACUAAAGACUUCAAUAAACUCGUGUCUGAUCCUGAAACCAGGAAAGCAGCCUUACGCUAUGAGACGGGCUUCUUGGUGGGCGUGGCCAUCGGCGUCCUGUACAUCGUGCUGAUGCCCCUGGUGGGUAUCUUCCUGGUAUGCUGCCGUUGCUGUGGCAACUGUGGCGGGGAGAUGUACCAGAAGCAGACUUCCAGCAUCAACUGUUGGAGGAGAAGCCUCUACUGGAGUCUGUUCCUCACCACAGUCGUCUUACUUGCGGGGAACAUCUGCAUGUUCAAAAGCAACGAAGCCUUCAAGCUCAGUGUGGACCAAGGCCAGGGAGGGAUCAUCACGGCGAUAGACAACAUCCAGACCUUCAUCACCGAUGUGCCCCAGCAAAUCACCUAUGUUGUGAACGCAAGCUACAAGACUGUCAACGAGGUGACGGAGAACCUGGGAGACAUUGGCCCUCAGCUGGGUUCCCGUAUUCAACGCAGCUUCAGGAUCCCUCUGAAGCCGGCUCUGGACUCUGUCGGCCUGCUGGAGCGAGAUGCCUCUGAGACCGACGAUCUGCUGAAUAAACUGAACGGCUCCGUGAACCAGCUGCAGCGCAGCAUCGCUAUCGCCCAGGCCAACGUGACGGCUGUCAAAACCAAACUCAACGAUACCAUUUACGAUCCAGAUUGCAAAAACUGCAGCCGGCUUGAGCCAGAACUGCAGAAAUUAACAGUGGACACCACGCUAGAGAUUCCUAACCUGAGUGGAAUUCAGACGGCUGUAGAUGAGGUCAUCAAGGCACGACUUCAAUCUGUGGCAGAUGACUACUUAGACAACAUUCCCCAGAGGGUAACCAACGACACCAGGGCUGUUAUUAUGACCAUCAAGGAGCAGCUCCGCAGAAUGGAGGCCACGGUCUCCCAGGGGUUGGACGGCAUCCCGCUCUCUGCCCUGGAGGACCUGAAGGCCUCCCUGGAUGGGGCCAGGCUGGAGGUGAACCAGCUCAGCGGAGACAUCCAGAAGGGAAACCAUAUCACGUGGGCCGUCGGGGUGGUGAUCAGCGUUCUGGUUCUCCUGGUGGUUCUGUGUAACGCCCUGGGUCUGCUCCUGGGCCCGGCCGGGCUGCGUCCGGGGGCAGACCCCCGUGAGCGCUCCUGCACCGCCGCCAGCGGGGGCUCCUUCCUGCUGAUGGGAGCAGGGUUCAGCUUCCUGUACUCCUGGCUCUUCAUGCUGCUGGUGCUGCUGCUCUUCCUGCUGGGAGGAAACCUCUACACGCUGGUCUGUAAGCCCUGGAACAAUGGAGAGCUCCUGCAGUUCAUCGACGCAUCCGGCCUGGUUCCCUCGCUGCCCAACAACGCCACAUUCAGUGGAAUCUACAGUGAUUGUACGAAGAACAUGCCUAUAUGGUCCACCCUCAGCCUGUCCCAGAACAUAAACCUCGAGGCGGAGCUCAACAUGUCUAAAUAUACAGCGGAAAUCGUGGAGCAGUUUGAGAAUUCCCAAAUCACCCUAUCCAACAUCACCCUUCUGAGCCCAGAGGUCCGCAAGCAGCUCGGGGACUUCCCGGACAAACUCAAACAGAUCGACUUCGACUCAACCAGAGAGAAGCUAACCAACAUCACCGAAUUGAAUCUCAACACGUCUGCGGACAGCAUCGAUCGCUUUGCAGUAACUCAACCAAUCGCGAAGAUUAAAGCUGAGCUGAACGAGGCCGCCACUGAUCUGAGAGCAGUACAGAGGGACAUGGAAACCGUCGUCUUCCCACAAAUUGAAAACCUCAAGUUGCUCAUAAAUGAACUUCAAGUCCAAGCUGUGAAAACGAACGGAACGGUGGCGACGGUUUCCAUUGAAUUUGGAAAAGCACAAGACUUCCUGAACACAAACACAACGUCGAUUGUCAAGGCAGAGGGCCGAGCCUUCCUAAAAUGCCAGAUGCAGUUAUUUGAUGCCUAUGCAGCCUGGGCCAUCUUGACCAUCACAGAGCAGGUGGGCCAGUGCGGCCCGGUGUCCGGGGCCGUGGACGUGGCGGUGGUCAUCGUCUGCUCCAACGUGGUCGAGUCUCUGAAUGCAUUCUGGUUCAGCCUGGGCUGGUGCAUGAUCUUCUUCAUCCCCAGCAUCAUCCUGUCAAUCAAACUGUCCAAGUACUACCGGAAGAUGAAGCGAGCGGAUGAAUUUAACAAACACAUUGUGAUGAACCAGAUCCCCAGAGCUACCAUGCUGCAGUACUGAGGCCAGGAGGACCACGGCCACAAAGGAACCCAACACAUUUAGCGGUACAGCGGAAUUAGCUUUCAAACUGAAGCUGGGGAUCUUCGCAAACGGUGUUUGCUGCUGUCUGAGGUAUCUCUUUGUGUGUGCAGUAGGACACUUGUUAUGACCUUGACCUAGCUGUGAUGAGACGCAUAUUCUGUGUGUGUGUGUAUGUGUGUGUUUUUGAGUGUUUGUGUGUGUGUGCUUCGAGCCUAAAACAAGACUUUUGGUCUGCAAUCUGUAUCGUCAAGGUAAAAUAACUGAACGGGUGGCAGACAUCUCUGGGUCUGCAUGAACCAUAUUUUUUAGUACUUGUUACUUCAAAUUGUUUUUUUUUAAAUCAGGUCUGUUUUACUUUAUAUCGCAUUUGCUAUGGCUUUUAUAUUAUAUGUGUAUUCUAUCACAUAUAUUUUCUAUUUUUAUAUUGUGGAUAAUAAGUCCCUACACAUUUGUAUUAACCUUUAAAAAAAAACUAUAAUGAUAUGGUUUUACUUCUCAAGGGAAUUCUCUUUAAUUUAUUAGUUGCUCUCUUAUUAUUUUUACAUGCACAUAAUAUACUUAAUUUGGCUGGAAAGUAUGAUUAUUUUGCAAAGCCAUGACAAGACGCUGGAGAAUAGGAUUGAGGGUUUGACCAACACCAACUUCCUAUAAUUGUGCCAACCUGCAUUUGCAGCUUUAUUUUUGUCCUGGCCAUGCCAAUGAAGGAAGAACAAAACGAAUUGACUACAUCGAUGGCAAUUGAACAGAACCUGUUACUAUAUGAAUAAAUAAAUGAUUAAAUAUAUCUAGACAAUCACGGGUUGGUUUACGCUUCAGAUGUCUUCAAACUGUAAGUUGUAUGACAUGGCUGAUGGCAACAUUAGAGUUCAGUUUGUAUUGAUUGACCUGAUUUGGGGAUGACGAUUUUGUAAUCAUUUUUAUUAGAUUCAUCUUCUACUAUUGUAAUGAAAGCACUUUAUAUUGUAUUUGUAUCUGAUUUGAUUGAAUUUGAAAAAAUCUGAAUAUGUGAAAGCUGAUUAAAAUAUGCUACUGAUUCAUCUGUA